AAUCCUUGCUUUGCCAUUCAACCCAUUCCCAUCAAAGUUCUUAACUAGUUGAGCCCAAAAUGGCUGCAACAAAGCUUGUAGCUCUUAGCUUUGUAGUCCUCAUGAGCAUUGGGCUAGCCAAUGCUGCCAGGGUGGUUAGAUACGCUAGUGCAGAGGGACAAGGUCAAGGUGGUGGGAACGGUGGUGGAUACGUGAACGGUGGUGGCGUAGGAAAUGGUAAUGGUUAUGGGUCUAGUGAGAGCGGAAGCGGAGUCACCGCAACUGCUGGGGGAGGAGGUUGGGGAGGUGGUGGCUCACAGUACAAUGGUACUGGAUUUGGCAGUGGAUCCGGGGCGGGCUCAAGCUCUGGCCAGAUGGCCGAAGGUUAUUACCCUGGCUAUGGAGGACAUGCAAGUGCUGGUGGAGGUGGAGGUGGCAAUGGCGGUGGACAAGCUGGAGGAGUUGAUGGGUCCGGUGGUUAUGGGACUGGCGGUGGGAAUGGAUCCGGAUCUAGUGUGGCAAACAAUGGUACCCCUAACACGCCACCGCCUUAUGCAAAUGCAAAUGCAAGUGGCAAUGGCAAUGGGAACGGUGGUGGUCAAAGUGGUGGCAGUGGUAGUGGUGGUGGCGGUGGAUCUGGAUAUGGUGACGCAAACCCUUAAAAUUUUUCUUUUUAUGUAGUUAAUCAAAGAUAUAUUGGAGCCCACACUAUCUUUGAUUUUUUUUUAUCCUGAUAUUGUAGUAUUUGAUUUGGUUAGAUUUUAUCCUUGAUGUAUCAGAGAGCAACUAAUUAAUAAAAAGGGCUCCAUUAUUCUAGUUGUUGUAUCUUUUUCUUCUUGGGAGGAAUUUUAGUUAUUGUAUCACUUUAGAGUUCACAAACAAGUGAGAAAACUAUAUAAGCCACUAUGAUCUCUGAGUAAUUGCUUAA